CAAUCUCCUCUUCAACUUAUGCGCUCAUUGUGCACUUAAGCUCUUAAGCUUCUAGUAGAUAUAAAAGCAAAUGCUUUCAACGAAAUCGCAAACAGUUUAUCGAAACGCAAUAAAGCAAAAUGUUUAAAAUUUUAAUUCUCAUAACAAUACUAGUGGCCUCUGCCGUCUACGCCGAUAAUAUCGAUAAGGAUGCGGAAAUAUUAAGUUAUAAGAACGAUGAGGCCGACGCUGAUGGUAAUUUUAAUUAUGCUUUCGAGACGAGCAACGGUAUACAACAACAGGAGGCGGGCAAUAUUCAAGGAGCGGCCGGUUCUUAUGCUUUCGUAUCACCUGAAGGCGAGAAAUUCUUUAUUAGCUAUACAGCCGAUGAAAAUGGUUUUCAGCCUAGCGGCGAUCAUUUACCAACACCGCCACCUAUACCGGAAGCUAUACUAAGAUCCUUAGAAUACAUUGCGGCUCAUCCUCCACAACAGAUUAUACAAAAGAAAUAAUUAUAAAAAGAAAAAAAAAAAAAAAAAAAAAAU